UUCUUCGCUGUGCUGGAAAACAGAUGCCAUGUUUUGUGCGCAGUGACCAAGAGAAAUGCAGCAUUAUGGAGAGAGAUUUCUGCUAUUUAACAGAUAAUGAGGAGCUGCAGAGCUUCAUUUCACACACUAAACACACAGUGACCAUUGAGAGGACCAAGACGUUGUUUGAGGAGAUCCGCGCCUCCAUCAAUAACAUCGAUGAUGGCGACCGAUCGUUCUGGAGGCCGGUGCUGCCGUGGGGAGGCGUGUUCACCAUCAGAGCCGACAGGAAGGCCAUCGCCUGCAAGCCUCUGUACGUGAAGAUCAACCUGAAGAACACCUGCACCAUCGACGGCUUCCUCAUGCUGCUGUACGUCAUUCUGAGAGACAACCGCAGCUUCUGCCGGGAGGUUGGCAUGUUCCUGGGCAAACGCUUCGUGGAGCACUUCCUGUAUCUCAUGGACUCUUACGACUACACCACGGUGAAGAUGUUGUGGAUCUGGGACCGGAUGUCCAAGCGUCAGUACCACUCCGAAAUCCACCACGCCGCCUUGGAGAUCGACCUCUUCGGAAACGAACACGAGAACUUCACCAAGAACCUGGAGAACCUGAUGUCCAGCGUGCAGGAGAGCUGGUGCUCCGACGGGAGCUGUCCGUCCCGCUUCCAGGAGCACGUGCGGAAGAUCAUCAACAUCAAUCCUGCUCAUGAGCUUCCUGAUAAAGACCUCGUUCAGUCGGCGGUGGACGAGUUUUUCUGCCCGCGACUGGAACUCUGUGAAGAAUUGAAAUGUAAAGGUUUGAGAGAGUUCAGUCAGAGAGUUUUCUGUCACGGUCCGCCGCCCUUCAUCAUCCUGAACAUGCAGAUGUGGCAGUCUGAGGAUCUGUCUUACGUACCGUAUCAUCUGGAGCUGUCUGAACAACGGUAUUCACUCGAGGGCGCGACACUCUUCAACAGGGACGAGCAUCACUAUUCUGCUGCCUUUCAGAUCGACGGAUACUGGAUGCAUUAUGAUGGUCUGCGGACGGAUAAUCUGAUCCUGUUGAAUAAACCUCCGGAGUUACUGCUGCUGUCCUCACUCGUGUACAUCAGAUCUGCAGACAAGUGAACACCUCGAGAACAGCCGCCACUACAUUAACAUCCCAAAGUCACGUUUCCUCAGUCCAGCUUUUACUGUUCUCAAGGCCUGUUUUGCUCUGGGAUGCAUCACAUGGCCACUUUAUUUCCAUUUAUGAGUUUUUCUAUGUCGGGUGGACGUUUGGCGAUGUAUGCUAGUGAACUUUUAUACGGUUAUAUAUUAUUGAUUUUUGUAAUUUUGCAAUGCUGUCGUGUGAUUGCCGCCUCUACGAGAUGUGUUUGCAGAGUGAAACAGCGUUUGGGGGGUUGUGCUUGGAAUCCAAGAGUACGUGGACUAUAAUAGUUCUGACUGAUCUCAGAUCUGCAUUCAGAUGCUUUACAAUUCCUUCAGUUCUGAGACCUUAAUGUGCCACGUAAUGCAUCUCUCAUGCACAUUAACAUAGGCACUUAAACUGACAGAUUAAGAACAGAUUUUAUCAUCAGAGAUGAUUCACAGUUUGCCAAAUACUCAGUCCUGAUGUGGAAUAAACUGGUGCUGAUGUUUGUUAUAUCUGAACAUUAUUCUGCAUUUCUCUUGUAUUCACAUUGAGAUCUCUUAACUGCAAAUGUUCAGAUGUUUUCAUGCUUUAAGAGCAGAUAACUGCGUUUACUGACUAUGUUUAAUCAAUGAUCGUGCACAUUUGUGUUAUUGGAAACGACUCCGUUCUGUAUUUUUAAU